AUGUUACCGUUCAUUUCGAAGGACAGUGCCUACGGCGUUCAGGUCAACUUGCCGCAAGGCUCUUUUUAUUGGUGUGACAACUAUGGACUUGAUGCACAGGACAAAGAAUUGUUGAGGCUCGAGGCCAAGUUCUUUCAACAUUCACUCGAGCCCUACGAAGCGACCAAAUUCAAUAAGAUCUACCCAUAUGUUGAAAAAAAAGCAAGAGGAAUAAAGACAAGUGGUUCCUCGCUGCUGGUAGAUCCGCAGGUCAAAAAGAACCUUGAAGCUUUAGAAGGCGAUGCUAAGUUCCUCAAUCUCCUACGCAGCGGAUUUUCGGAACAAAUCUGUGCGGGAAAGAUCUGGGGAGACUCCAAAUACAAGGAAAUGGUCACUUUUACUAAGCAGCGCUUCGGUCCCGCUUAUGCCCUGCUGAUCAUUUCCAUUUUCGGCACAGGCGGCCGCGGCCAGAAUUGGCAUGCUACCGUAAUGAACGAAGAUGCAUACGAGCAAAUUGAUGUCGAUACCGUCACAUGGAGUACUAGAAGGAGCCAAUUUCUGGUCCUUGUCCAUUUCAUGGGCCACGAUUACGUCCGUGAAGAUAUCCUGCAGCGAGGGCUUUUGCCUCAAUACCGUUGGGACCGCAACGGUGAUCGGACAAUCGCUUCUCGGACAGAUAUCAUGGAGUUCGAGGAACUUUUCGCUAAUGAUGAUACUUUUCAUCAAGAGAUCCAUAGUUGUACCAACGAUGGGCUGAUCAAAAAAUUCACGCUCGAGGAUGGGACUCAAUGCUACACACUUAAGGGAGGGUUGGAAAACUGUCUGCGUUAUUACUCACGGCAAUUGUGGGUAGCUCUCUUCGCACUCGUGGCAUAUAUCUACCCCCGCGACCAUGCUUUGGAUCAGUCAUUCCGUGCAAUCGGUCAGCUAUUAAUGCCGGCGAUGGAUAAACUAUGGGAAUGCCUCCGAGAAGGUGGUUCUCAAGAUCUGCCAUAUAUUGUCAGGUCAAGCUUCAUGGAGGCGUCUUUAUCGGCCUGUAGACUGGCAAAUGCUGCUCGUGCAAAGUCUAUAGUGUCGACAGUCCGCAGGCUGCAGGUUCCAUUUGUACCACCGUACCUGGCAGCGAUGCUUACCUGGCAAGAGAGUGUUUCUCUCCGGUGGGAGGGAAACCAUAACGAGUCGGAUACCGUUCUGGACAGUAUCUUCCGCCAGCUUCCCGAGGCUCCAGAAGCAGACCCGGACAUCAGAUUGCAUUGUGCGUACGGCCGCUUAGUCUUCUCACGGGCGGAAAACGCGAUACUGCGGAACGACUUUGCUCGCGCAUGGCAAUACCUGGACCACUGGGAGAGCAGAAGCGAACCCCGGUCAAUGAUGGAGAUCAAAUUAAUCCGACUCUUCAACACCGUCUUCGGGCGAGUAGCCAGAUACACAGGGAAGUUCUUGUAUGCUCGGGAAUGUUUUGAGCGUUGCCUGCGUGACGGUGACCCCAGUUAUCGCCAUAUUCAAUUUCACCUCGCUGACAUCUACUGUGAGCUAGGAUGUGCUGAGCUGGCGAAAAAUCUGAUCCUAGAUGAUGUGGAACGGCUAAGGCACACGCAAAGCCAGCAAUUGAAAGCAUUCAGGCGUCUGGCACUCCCGCUAGCCGAGGCUCACAUCAAUUUAAGACAGCUUAACGCUGCAAGAUACACCUUGGAGGAGGUACUCCAGGUUUAUGAGAGCAUGAAAUACCAUGAUGUGACUGAUCAACUGGGCCAUGUUCGCACGCUCAUUAGCCUAGCACGAGUGGAUUGGUAUGAAGGCAUGUACUCAGGUGCUGACGAAAGGCUCAACCGUGCAACGGCGCUCGUUGAGAGUUACUCGACGUUCAUAACUCGUGGGUUUGACUUUGCAUUCAUCACCCUCUUUCACUCUGUUGUGAAGAGAGCCCUGGCUAGUGAGCUCCUCUCAGAGGUAUCCCGUGGCUACUUCAUGGCAGGGAACGGAACGUAUUUUUUCGAAGAGAUUUCUUCCAGUGCCUGGACGUGUAUUUCUAGUUAUAAUACGGAGCUUUCUUCAGUUCCCUUUGGUCUCAAGAAUUCCCAGUGCACCGCUCACUAA